AUGAAGAGUCUGAUAUUGGCACUUCCUGAUGACUUAGGUUUAACAGCGAGGAUUGACGCAGGAAAUACUGGUUUGUUGCCCUCAUCAACCAGAGCAGUUGAAGUAAAAUUCCAUGAGUGGAUCUUAUGCACAGCAAGCUCAUUACUGGUUGCAGCAGAGAAACCCAACAAUGACCCAAUCCGGCAAGUAUUGUUUUAG